UUGCCCCCAAAGUUUCUGGGUUCGUUGGAAUUUUUGGAUUCAGGAUUUUUUCCCUUUUUUUUUUCCACCUAGGAAUUUGAGGGGGAAACUUUUGACCAAUCGAUCGCCUUUUCUCUCUCCCCCCCCCCCUUUUUUUUCUGAGCAGGGGAAGGGGUUUCAAGAGAGGUUCCCGCUGGACAAAGUUUUUCAAAGUUUUCCGAGUGUGAUGGUUGCGGGGAGAGCUAACCCACCAGCUUGAUUCACGGCUUCAUCUCACCACCCCUCGAGCUGCCCCUAAGUCCGCUAUAAGGGAACAAACAAACAAACAAACAAACAAAGUUACACUCCGAGUCGCCUCGUGUCUCCUCUCUCUCUCUUCCAGGCAUUUUUUUUUUCCCCCUCCCGCUCUCCCCUCGAAGCUUCCACUCCCCUCUCCCCUUCCCUCGGCCCCUUCCUCCUUCUCUGUUUCGGCUGGAGGUGCCAGGACCCUCGGCCGCAGUCCCCCCUCCCCCGCCGCUCCAGUCCCUCGUCCGCCGGCCCUCCCCUCCCCCGCCGCGGCCGGCACAGCCAAUCCCCCGAGCGGCCGCCAACAUGAUCUUUGAGGGCUUGGAGCUGGUGUCCGCGCUGGCCACCCUCGCCGCGUGCUUGGUGUCGGUGACGCUGCUGCUGGCCGUGUCGCAGCAGCUGUGGCAGCUGCGCUGGGCGGCCACCCGCGACAAGAGCUGCAAGCUGCCCAUCCCCAAGGGCUCCAUGGGCUUCCCGCUCAUCGGAGAGACCGGCCACUGGCUGCUACAGGGUUCCGGCUUCCAGUCCUCGCGGAGGGAGAAGUACGGCAACGUGUUCAAGACGCACUUGCUGGGGCGGCCGCUGAUCCGCGUGACGGGCGCGGAGAACGUGCGCAAGAUCCUGAUGGGGGAGCACCACCUGGUGAGCACCGAGUGGCCGCGCAGCACGCGCAUGCUUCUGGGCCCGAACACGGUGGCCAACUCCAUUGGCGACAUCCACCGCAACAAGCGCAAGGUGUUCUCCAAGAUCUUCAGCCACGAGGCUCUGGAGAGCUACCUGCCCAAGAUCCAGCUGGUGAUCCAGGACACGCUGCGCGCCUGGAGCAGCCACCCCGAGGCCAUCAACGUGUACCAGGAGGCCCAGAAGCUCACCUUCCGCAUGGCCAUCCGCGUCCUCCUGGGCUUCAGCAUCCCCGAAGAGGACCUCGGCCACCUCUUCGAGGUCUACCAGCAGUUUGUGGAGAACGUCUUCUCCCUGCCCGUCGACUUGCCCUUCAGCGGCUACCGGCGGGGCAUUCAGGCACGACAGACCCUCCAGAAGGGCCUGGAAAAGGCGAUCCGGGAGAAGCUGCAGUGCACGCAGGGCAAGGACUAUUCGGACGCGUUGGACAUCCUCAUCGAGAGCAGCAAGGAGCACGGGAAGGAGAUGACCAUGCAGGAGCUGAAGGACGGGACCCUGGAGCUGAUCUUUGCCGCCUACGCCACCACCGCCAGCGCCAGCACGUCCCUCAUCAUGCAGCUGCUGAAGCACCCGGCCGUGCUGGAGAAGCUGCGGGAGGAGCUGCGGGCCCACGGCAUCCUGCACAGCGGCGGCUGCGCCUGCGAGGGCACGCUGCGCCUGGACACGCUCAGCGGCCUGCACUACCUGGACUGCGUCAUCAAGGAGGUCAUGCGCCUCUUCACGCCCAUUUCCGGCGGCUACCGCACCGUGCUGCAGACCUUCGAGCUCGACGGCUUCCAGAUCCCCAAAGGAUGGAGCGUCAUGUACAGCAUCCGGGAUACUCACGACACGGCGCCUGUGUUCAAAGACGUGAACGUAUUUGACCCCGACCGCUUCGGCCAGGCCCGCAGCGAAGACAAGGACGGCCGCUUCCAUUACCUCCCCUUCGGCGGCGGAGUCCGGACCUGCCUGGGCAAGCACCUGGCCAAGCUGUUCCUGAAGGUGCUGGCGGUGGAGCUGGCCAGCACCAGCCGCUUUGAGCUGGCCACCCGGACCUUCCCCCGCAUCACCCUGGUCCCUGUCCUGCACCCCGUGGACGGCCUCAGUGUCAAGUUCUUUGGCCUGGACUCGAACCAGAACAAGAUCCUGCCCGAGACGGAGGCCAUGCUAAGUGCCACGGUCUAACGGGGCCUGGCCACACCCCUGCCUCAGCCCGGCCAGGCCCUGGGGUGGGGGGCGAUGGAAGGGUACAAACCUGUGUGUGGGAGGGGGCUGCAGCCCGGGGAAGGGGAGCGGCCCCCAUACCUGGCCCUCCCGUUUUCUCUCCCUGGCAAGCCCUACCCAAAGCCAAAAGGGCCCAGUUCUUUGGCUCCUGCUUCUCCCAGUCUCUCUCCAGUUCCCACCAGCUUAGCUCCUGGGACAGGGCAUGGCGGGGGCUCCGCAUGCCCGUUACAGUGUUAAAUGGCAGUCAGCUCACGCUGCAGCAUUUGCUUGUCACGUUCCCAAUGGAUCCCUCCCUGCCCAUUUCAUUUGGACCCUAUUGGUUUGAGGUCAUGUGGUCGACAUGGGGGGCGGGCAGGAGGAAGAGUUGGGCUCUUCAGCACCCCGCCCCCUCCUGCCUCUCUUCAGAAUCAGGCACCUGCCCCUCCUGGGGUUCGCCUAGAGUCCCCCCCUUUGCCAGUUUGGACAUUUGAAAUUACCUAUUGCUGCUACUUUUUUCUUUCCUCUGAAGUUGGGGCAAAAGAGCUCCAGGCCCUGUCCUCCCAGCAUCCUCUCUGGUGGCCCUGGGCGUGCACACAGCAAUGACAUCCCCACCUCC